AUGGACCCUGGCAGGGCAGCAGUAAAUAGACCUCUGGUGGGGCUUGUCGCCUGCCCACCUGCAGACUCCUCAGCACCCCCAGGCCCUUUGACUCACCUGAGCCUGCAGGACAGGUCGGAGGCGCGGCUGCAGAGCAGAGCAGACGGGCAGAGCCUCCCGGGCAGUUGGACCAGCUCAUCCCCAGAGUGCACCCCCGCACUGAGGGAAGGAGUGCGCAGCUGCCUGCAGCAGCGGUGCCAGCAGACUGUGCGGAUCCUGCACGCCAAGGUGGCCCAGAAGUCCUACGGAAAUGAGAAGCGGUUCUUCUGCCCCCCACCCUGUGUCUACCUCACCGGUCCCGGAUGGAGGGUGAAGCCAGUGCAGGGCCAAGCCCUCCAGGCAGGGGAGACCGGGGUCACCGUCUGCGGUUACAUGGGGCUGGACGGCGCGUCCGGCAGCGCUGCCGAGACGCAGAAGUUGAAUUUCGAGGAGCAGCCGGACUCCAGGGAAUUCGGUUGUGCCAAGACUCUGUACAUCUCGGACGCGGACAAGAGGAAGCACUUCCGACUGGUGCUCCGCCUGGUGCUGCGAGGGGGCCUGGAGCUGGGCACCUUCCACAGCCGCCUCAUCAAGGUCAUCUCGAAGCCCUCGCAGAAAAAGCAGUCGCUGAAAAACACCGACCUGUGCAUAUCAUCGGGCUCAAAGGUCUCCCUCUUCAACCGCCUGCGCUCCCAGAUGGUGUCCACUCGCUACCUCUCUGUGGAGGACGGGGCCUUUGUGGCCAGCGCCAGACAGUGGGCUGCCUUCACGCUCCACCUGGCUGACGGACACUGCUCUCAAGGGGACUUCCCACCUCGAGAGGGCUACGUCCGAUAUGGCUCCCUGGUGCAGCUUGUCUGCACAGUCACGGGCAUCACACUACCUCCUAUGAUCAUCCGCAAAGUAGCCAAACAGUGUGCACUCCUUGAUGUGGACGAGCCUAUCUCCCAGCUGCACAAGUGUGCCUUCCAAUUUCCAGGUGGACCUCCAGGAGGGGGUGGCACCUAUUUAUGCCUUGCCACAGAGAAGGUGGUGCAAUUCCAGGCCUCUCCCUGUCCCAAGGAGGCGAACAGGGAGCUGCUCAACGACAGCUCCUGCUGGACCAUCAUCGGCACCGAGUCCGUGGAGUUCUCCUUCAGCACCAGUCUGGCGUGCACGCGGGAGCCGGUCACGCCAGUGCCCAUCAUCGGCACCCUAGAGCUGAGCGGCGGGGGCGACGUGGCAACGCUGGAGCUGCACGGGGAGAACUUCCACGCGGGGCUCAAGGUGUGGUUCGGGGACGUGGAGGCAGAGACCAUGUACAGGAGCCCGUGCUCCCUGGUGUGCGUGGUGCCCGACGUGGCGGCCUUCGGCAGCGACUGGCGCUGGCUGCGCACGCCCAUCACCGUGCCGGUGAGCCUGGUGCGCGCCGACGGGCUCUUCUACCCCAGCGCCUUCUCCUUCACCUACACCCCGGAAUACAGCGCCAGGCCGGGCCCGCCCAGCGCGCCGAAGCCCGCUGAUGACGCCGAUGCGCUUCUGGAGAGCAUCCACCACGAGUUCACGCGAACCAACUUCCACCUCUUCAUGCAGACCUAGGAGCUGCCGGCUGCCCCGCAGGCGGGGCGGGGCGGCUUCAUUGGGCCGCCCCCUGCUGUCUUCCCCCUCCAUUAUGAAAGGGCAGAAAGAGGCUCCCCAAAGAAACCUCGUCUUACACGGGGCUUAAGAAGACACCACAUGCCUGCCUGGCAAGCAUAAGGUUGUGAGUUCAAUCCCCAGGACAAAGACAAAAACAAACAGACAAAAGACACAACCUGGAAGACGCCCUGUGUUCAAAAUGUGUGUGGUUCUCCUUGUCCACUUCGUCUCACUGCCUCUCAAUCAUUCAACUGAACUCUACCUUGGUAACUUCCCGGUUGGGUCUAUGUGUUCCUGCCCCCAUCUCUGUCUAGUUCUCCCUGUCUUUUACACAAUAUGGCACACUCCAAGAAACCAAACCUGGAGUAUUUGUCCUCCAGAGACCUAUAUCCCCCCUUGAAGAGCUACCAUAAGCCCAGAGACAAACAUGGGAGCUACAGAACGAGGAUCCUAGGGGAACCCAGGCAGAACUUUGGGAUAACCGGGUAAAAUGCAUCAGAAAGAGGGGCUCCCCUGCUUGGAGCCAGCAGACUGAACCUCAGGCUUUCCCUGAUGGGCCUGCCUACACUGUGCCUUCUUUGUGCUUUCUAUGGAAGAAGAAAAGAUAAAGAAACUUCAAACAGGCUCCUUGCAUGGUCUAUGGGACUCAAGGACACAGAUAUCAUGGGCUCCAGUUCCCUGUACAGCCCCUGAUAGAGCAAACUUGUCUGAAAUGUGGGUUUAGGGUUCAAGCCUCUGAGCCCUUCUGUGACCUUGGAGGAAGCACCCCCUUCCUGUACAAUGCCUUCCCCAGAAGUGGGAAGUCCCAUAAGAUUUCAGAAGCAGCUAAAAGCAAAAAAUUACCAGGCCAUGUUUCCCAACAGCCCUUACUCUUUAAACUCUCCAGUCUUGGCAGUCUGAACCCCCCACCCACCCCGCUCCCCCCACCCCACAAUGAGCAGCAGGAGAGAUGCUUGCUUAAAGCCCAUGUGGCCCAUGGUGAAUCCUGGCUGAGGAAUGGUGGGAACAUAGUGAAUGGGAAAACCCCCAAAUGAGUCCCUGCCUCAGGAGGGUUUGCCUCGCUGGUCCUUGGUGGUGCGGAAGCAGGAAGGAAGCUGAGAAGUUUCACAGUGCACCACACGGGCAGCUGGCUUCAAGGGCUUCACAGUUCUGUCUUCCUCAAUGCUCUCAGGCAUCCUGAUGACUCCUGAUCCCACCUGGCUACCCCCUGGAAGUCUGUGACUCUCGAAGCUCCAGCCCUUCCCUGUCUCCUGAGUUCUGGCUUGCGGGGCUGUCCUUAGAGAUCCUCCUUACUCCUGUCUGAACUCCCCACCAAGGCCUGAGGACUCUAUCUGUCCUUCACACUAAAGCAUGUGUCUUCCACUCCAUUACUGUGCUGUCUCCAGCCCCAGGUUGGAUGUCUGUGGGAAUCAGGGACACAGAAUCAUGGGCUCCAGCUGCCUGUACCAGCCUAGUGCAAAAUGAAAAUAUAUGACUCCUGUUCAGAUAAUUUUCAGACAAGAUGAGAGAUGAUGAAGUCAAGUCAAAGCCCUUCUUAACACAGUUCAUCAUCCCUAAAGCUGGCCCUGCUGCCAGGCUUCCGUCUUGUAUUCCAUCAUGUGACCUCAUGGCUUGGGUCAAGGAACUUUAUGUAUGUGUCUGUUUCCCCUCUAGAUUGUAAGCUUCAUGUGGAAAGGGGAUUUUAUCUCUGUGUGUCCGGGAGGACAGACUGCAGUGUCUUGCACAUUGAGUUUGUUCUCAUUAAAUAACUGAAUUGGCCAAUAA